AUGAACGGCCAGAUGGAUAUCAAGGGCAGGAGAACCGGCGCUGUGCGCUCAAUGAGCAUGGACAAUAUCCUCGGUGACCCGUUCGCGCUGGCCACGAUCUCAAUUUCAGUGCUUGCAUGGCUCAUUGCCUUCGUCGGAUCGGUCAUUGCGACAUCUCAACACCUGAAUCCAAACCCCUUUCCAAAUUUCUCCUGGUUCGCCAUUGCAUUUAUGUUUUGCCUCAUUAUCGGCAUAUUCGUGGUCGUUGCAUCCGACACGACUCAGACUUACCAUGUAGCCCUUGUCGGCUUCCUGUCCAGUGGGCUCAUCUUAACAAGCUCCUCCGUCAACUCUCUGAUCUACUCCUCAAAUGGCGCGAAAGAAGCUGCAGCUGCCGGUUUUAUAUUGCUCUCUAUGGUAGAUAUCGUAUGGAUCUUCUAUUUUGGAUCAACACCCUCCGCUGUCCCUCGCGCAUACCUCGACUCCUUCGCUCUCCACAAGGAGAGGAGAAUCUCUCAGGGCGGUCGAGGAAUGUCCAAUGGUUAUGGAAGUGGUCGCCCCGAUACCUCGAUCUCUUCUAAUGUUCCACCGCAAAUGUACACCUCGGCUCAGUUGGGUGGUUUUGAGACUUCAUCUCCAGUAGCAGGAUUCUCAGCAGAACACAACACGUCGCAGGCAAGAUUCGGCUCUGGUGCAGCACCAACCAGCAAUCUAGGUGCAAGUGGACCACUCAGCUCAGAACCAACAGCUGGAGAAGUGGUUGCGCCAACGGAAUACCCCUACCGAGCGAAAGCUAUCUACUCGUACGAAGCCAACCCAGACGAUGCCAAUGAAAUAUCAUUUUCUAAGCACGAGAUACUGGAAGUCUCCGACGUCAGCGGCAGGUGGUGGCAGGCCAAGAAAGAAAACGGAGAGACUGGUAUCGCGCCUUCAAAUUAUCUUAUUUUAUUAUAAGACGAUUCGUUUAUAGGCUCGGAAUGGGACGGCAAGGGGAAAUCCGGAGUGGUUGGAGUUCUGUAAUAAAGUCAAUGUGAUACGAUUGGUUUUCUUUUGUUUUCACAUACCAUACCUACCUUCUCGGUGCAGGAAUACCACCGGAUGAGAGAACUCCCUUGUUCCGAUCGGACUAUUUUCUUCACUUUUUCUUUGACAACGAGGCACAGGACCAGAUACCCUGGCUGUUGGCGGUUUGCUCUCCGCGGCCUAACUCUAAAAUCGAGUGUACGAGUAUAAGGCAGGCAAGCAGACAUUUGGGGCAUUUUUUCGGGCGUAGCGUUUUUCCCCCUCCUCUUUUCUUUGUGUCUCUUUUGAUUGAUGAAGAAGGGAAUUAUUUGUGU